GGGAAGUGCUAUUCUCCUGCCUAUCCCAAUAAUGUCAUGGGAAUAUUAGCCCCGCGCCGUCUCUGGCCGGUAGCUUUCACUAGGUAUCUAAGUAUCUAGAUACUAGUAGCUGGUGGCCAUUCAAAAUCCUACAUAAACAAUAGAAUCCUGCCAUUCAUAAUUCCAUUGUUACAUCCCAUUUAUUUAGGUCUCUAUUGAUCAUCUGUAAAAUCUUCAUUCGUUUUCGGAUUAUCGUUCUUCUUCACACGCACUCGCUCCUACAUCAAACUCAAUAUGAAGACCACAUUCGUUGUUGUUGCUGGUUUAGCAUCUGUCGCAUAUGCUCAGGUCACAGCUCUCAUCACCCCAACUGCAUCUGCUCCUGAUGGAUGUGCCACUAGCUAUUCUGGAGCUUUUCAGAUCUCUACUGUAAAUGUUAGCAGUGUAGCAAAGCAUCAGCAAAAGCGUGCCGACUGUUCCUCAUCUCUUGCCGUCACACUCAACGAUGGUAUUCUCAAGGACCAGCAGGAUAGGACGGGAUACAUUGCUUCAAACACUCAGUUCCAAUUCGAUGGCCCACCACAAACUGGAGCUAUUUAUACUGGUGGCUGGUCUGUUUGUUCAAAUGGUUCUCUCGCUCUUGGGGGUUCCGCUGUCUUCUACCAAUGCCUCUCAGGUACAUUCAAUAAUUUGUACACGGAAUCGCAGGGUGAACAAUGCUCCCAAAUUUUGAUCCAAACAUCUGCAUGCAGCUCAGCUGCUGGAUCUGGCGUCGUCGGACAAUCGACUGAUGGCCAAGCAACUGCCACUGCCAUCGCUUCUCUAUCCUCUGCAGCAGUUUCUCAAAUAUCAGAUGGGCAACCACAAGGUGCAACCUCCGCCUCUCCUAUCUCUCAGAUUAGUGACGGACAAAUUCAAGCCCCUACAUCUGCUGGUGGUGCGUCAAUCACUCAGAUUAGCGAUGGCCAGGUGCAAGGUGCUACCUCUAUUGCACCAUCUCCAACAGGUGCUCCUGUCAGUCAGAUUCCAGAUGGGCAAAUUCAAGGUGCAACAUCCGCUUCUGCCGCUCCUUCGGCGGAGAUCUCUCAGAUCCCCGAUGGUCAAGUCCAGGCUCCCACUAGUGCUGAAGUUCCUUCGGCCGUUGUCUCUCAGAUCCCCGAUGGUCAAAUUCAAGCUCCUACUAGUGCUGAAGCUCCUUCGGCAGUAAUCUCUCAGAUUUCCGAUGGUCAAAUCCAAGCUCCCACUAGUGCCGAAGUUCCCACUAGUACUGAAGCUCCUGCGGCAGUGAUCUCCCAGAUUCCCGAUGGACAAAUCCAAGCUCCCACUAGUGCUGAAGCUCCUGCGGCAGUAAUCUCCCAGAUUCCCGAUGGACAAAUCCAAGCUCCCACUAGUGCCGAAAGUCCUGCGGCAGUGAUCUCCCAGAUUCCCGAUGGACAAAUCCAGGCGCCCACCAGUGCAGCCACACUCGAAACGAGCACCUCUCUUGCCGGUCCAGUCAUCUCUCAAAUCAGCGAUGGACAGAUUCAGGCUCCCACCGCUACCCCAACGAAUGAUGCUUAUUCCAGCACAACAUCCGCCCCUGCUGAUUUUACUGGAGCUGCCAACGCUUACCAGGUCAGUGGCUCUUUGGCUGCGGCUGCCAUUGGUCUUUUUGCUGCUCUUUUGUAG